AUGGGAUAUUUUAUGCAAGGCACUUUCAACAUAUUGUCUCAGCAGAGUGUAGCUGAUGCAGAUGUUGAUAUUGUUCUCAAGGCCAUUGAGACUGCUUCUGGAAGCUACUACAAUAAAGUGGUUAUUUUUUCGGAAGACACUGAUUUCUUAACAAUGCUUGCUGCUCGGACUCCACCGAAUCUAGAUGUGUUCUUGCUGAAGCCGCCUUCCGCUAGAUUACCUGAUGUUGAGUAUUCUUCCGAAAGCUUAGCAUCCAGAAGCGCGUGCCUCAGGUCUCAUAUAUUAUUUCUACAUACUUUCACGGGAUGCGACACAACCUCAGCAUUUUUCUAUCGAGGAAAAGUAACAUUCUGCGAUUUGUUUGAGAAAUCCGAUGAUUUACAUGGGUUUGCAGAAAUAUUUAGGCAAACACAUGUAGCCAUGGACAAUUUAAUAGAUCACGGGCUUCGCCUAGCUUUGGUUCUUUACGGGGCACCCAAAACGGAGCGCACGAGCGAUAAACCUGCGAUUGAGCUUGACCAAAGCUAUCAAGCAAAAAUGUAUGCUAAAGCCUCCAAUAAUAAAAAAGUCGAUCUUGCACGCAUAAUUCCGACUGCCAAUGCAUUAACCGAGCCUAUCGAGCUUGCCUAUUUCCAAGUACAGGCUUGGUAUGGUUCACAAGGUCAAGACGAGACCAUAGAUCCGUUGGAAUAG